AUGUCCUACUUCCUUCCUCAUCUUCCCUCCGGCUGGCACGUUGACGAGGCGAUCAAGUCUGAAGAAGACCGCGUUGUCGUCAUCCGCUUCGGCCACGACUGGGACAGUCAAUGCAUGACCAUGGACGAGACGCUUUACGCCGUCGCGGAGAAGGUUCAGAACUUUGCUGUCAUCUACCUCUGCGAUAUUACGCAGGUGCCUGACUUCAACAAGAUGUACGAACUGUACGACCCAUGCACGGUGAUGUUCUUCUACAGAAACAAGCAUAUCAUGAUUGAUCUGGGGACUGGUAACAACAACAAAAUCAACUGGGCAAUGGACAAUAAGCAAGAGCUCAUUGACAUCAUCGAGACUGUCUACCGCGGCGCGUCAAAGGGUCGCGGUCUCGUAGUGUCGCCGAAGGACUACUCGACGCGCUACAGAUACUAA